AUGCCGGACCCAUACAAGUCGAUGGGCCUGAGCUGCCCGAGCGGCGGGACCAUUUACAUCUGCCAGGACAGCGACAUUGAGUUCCUGGGAUGCUGCACCGUGGACCCGUGCACCGGCGGCUCCGGCGUGUGCCCUGGAAGCGACCUGCGCAACUCCUCAUUCUCGUUCGACCACUACGAAGAUAUUCCCGCGCAGAGCUGCAGAUGCUGCUCGGUCAAUCCUUGCAACACGGGGGCGUGUCCGGAGGGGGAUCUCUACCCUGCCGAACUGAGCUCCAACAGCGCCGCCAGGGGUAUGUUCUUGACCUCUGCUACUAGUACAAGCACGCCCAGCAACACGAAACCAGCUAGUAGUGCUACAUCAAGCAACACGGAGGUAUCAGCGGGCGGCUCAAGAAUAUCACUGUCGCCCGGGGCUAUAGCCGGCAUCGCCGUCGGGACCGCCGUGUUAGUCCUCGCCAUCGUCGUGGGCUGCGUCUACACGUUCAAGCGAGGACGGUACUCAAGCCGGAAGAAGGACCGCGAGUCCUACACCAAGUCGUUCAUCGGGUCGCUCUCCACGGAUGGGACCGCCGAGCCGAGCCCGGAUUUCACAUCAUAUCGAGACACGUACCACAGCAACAUGCACAUGACGCCCUCCCUCGCCUUCAGCAACACGCCCCCGCAGGGCUACGAAGGCGCCCACUACGGCCAGGUGGUCCCCUCCGAGGCCGACCCGGACGCAGCGAGGGUCAGCACCCUCUCGGAGCUCGGCGGGCAAGAGAUAAUAACCUCCGCCACCGGACCAAGGCAGGAGCUCGCGGCGGGCCAGCAGGAGAUUCGCGUCUUCCGCGUCGCCGGGCCGCCACCCGUGACGCCGCCAGCUGGGAUUGCGCCCCAUGAUCGGUUUGACGACGGGGAGGCUGCGGUGUCCCCUCCGGCGCAAUGGAGCAGGCAGAACGAGUUGUAUAUUUGGGAUGGGCCUGCUGCUGGUCGCGGGGGUGAGGGUUGGAAUUCAAGAGAGAGAUGA